UACAUAUAGAGAACGAUAAGUAAAUAGGAAAGAGCUUUUGAAAAAGUAAGGGUCGUGAGUAAUUUAACAGUUUCAGAGGAAGAUUUAGAAAGAUUUUAAAGUAUUUCAAGCCAUUCAAGGAGGAAUUUAAGAGAUCUAAGUAAUAUAAAGGCUCCAGGGAAUGUUCAAGAGAUGUACUUAAAUUAUUUCAAGCAUCUCAAGCAAGUCUUUGACAAAUCAGAAAUUGUUAAGCAAUCAAAAAAUCUAGGACUCAGAUUGUAAACGUUAAAGAUGUUGCAAAACAUUUUCUAGAGGAUCUGGUUAUUUUCAGUCGGAAUUAUUUUUAUAGAUUACUUAUACAUUACUUCUUAUAUUUAUAAAUAUUUUAUAAGUUACUUAUCUCAAUAUAUGUAGCUACAUUCCAAUAUAGUUACGGUAUAGUUUCCAAUAUAUCAAUACAUCAAUAUAAUUAAAUUCCAAAUAAGUAAAAAUAACAGUGACUUAAUUAAGCUUAGCUACAGAAAAUAUUUCGCAUUUUUUCAAUGAAUUAUUCUUCCAAUAAAAGAUAUUGUUUAUUCUAUUGUUCCCUCUGUUUAAACUAUCCUUAUCGAAUUUAAUACCAUAUUUUUUCACUUGGCGAGAAAAUCCUUGUUUCUAUAGUUAAUGCAAUCAUUAUUUCUAUUGUCAACGCUAGAAAUAUCUCAAACGAUUGUUCUCUUUAUCAACUGCGUCAACUUAAAAAAAAAAAAAAAAAAAAAAAAACAUAAUACCAAAUGAACAGCCAUUAUAUUGAAAUACGCUGCAAGAAAACAAACGAACGGAAAGAUGUAAAUCCUAAAGUAACAAAGUCACAUAAAUACUUCACAUUUUCGUGAAAUAAUUUCGUAAUUUCAUGGUUGAUGGAUAUGUGUCCCUCUUGUAUAGUAUCAGUGACAAACCCUUAGAGUAUUGGAGCAAGCAGCAAUCUCAAUCGGGUCGUAUUCGUAAAAUCUUAGAUUCAGAUUUAUUAGAAAAUGUUAUCGAGAUACAGGACUUCGAACAACCCCAUGGAUAUGGCACCUCCAUCAUUUGUCCCUCUGAUUCCUCCCAAUUCCUCAAUAUCGAAUUACCAGUUUUAGUUGUGGUUAUAAAGAAUCUAAAUCUCCAUUGUCGUCUGCAAGUGCAGGUGGCAGAUAACCAAAAUUGCCAGCAUCAUUUUCAAUUCACGAACGCGGAGUCGGAAAAACAAAACUCCAAGGGUGUCAUUUGUCGCGUCAAAGUAAAAUUUGAGACCGGUUGGAAUAAAUUAGAAUUGGACCUAUCGAGCCUAACGCAAACUGCCUUCAAGCAACAAUACGCUAUAACUCAGAGGAUUCAAAUUUGCGGUAAUUGUCGUUUGCGCAGAGUAUACUUUAUAGAUAAGCACUACGAAGACCAAGAAAUUUGCCCUAAAUUAUACCAUAAGUUCUUGGAUUCUUAUAUGUUGAAGUGGGGCAUAAGAAGUGUAGAAAGAUCUACUCAAACUAACUCGAAAAGAACAAAGAAUCGAGUCAAAGGAAACAACAACAUCAGGAUCUCAAAGCACUUCAGUGCUGAUAAUUUAAGUAACGGAGAAACUAGUAGUGCAAAGAAUUCUAAUCUACGGAAAAUAACUGACGAGGACUUUCUGAGGAAUUUACAGAUUAAAACAGACAUAUUAAUUAAUGAAUUUUUUGACAGGCAGUCCACGAGACUUCCACGUGUCUUAGAAUUAAAACAGAACACCACAUUGAAACCGUAUGCUUUUCCAACCUUAACCUCAAAACAGAAAUCCUUCAACAUCGGUAUAUCUGAAGAUACAUUGAAGAAAAUCGGCGUUCUUCGGACGUUUACAGAAACCUAUAUAUGCAACGAGGACAAACGUAAAGAGACUAAUGUUCUAAAAAUUAUACGGGAUAAUUGGAAACACAGAUACUUUUUCCCUCAGGAAGAAUCAUUGCCUAACAACGGUUUGUCCGAACAAAAUACAAAGAGAACAAUGUUGGAACGUAAACCGAAAUCUCUGCUUCUAUUGUCUGAAUUAAAAUCUGCGAAGGAAAGAAGUUUAGGGUUGCCGAAAAAAAGCACUGAGGUGAUCAAACGUAACGAAAGCGAUACGGUUAUCAAUUAAUUGUCAAUUAAUGUAAUAUUAAAUAAUUUAAUAGAAAUAGAAUAUUGUUUCUUCCGUU